AUGAAGACAUGGUUAGUGAAGGUCAAAGAUGUAGCCUACGAUGUGGAUGAUAUACUAGAUGAAUGGACGACAGAAACUCUCAUAUCAAAAGCAGCCAAUGAAGGUGAUGGAUCCUGUUUCAGUAAGAAGAAGGUAAGAAGCUUCCUCUUGCCUGUUACUUGCUUCAAUCGUGUCAUGUUACGCCACAAAAUUGGGAGAAGGAUAAAGGAGGAAGUAAAUGAGGUGCCCUUUGUCAUUUCUAUUGUUGGGAUGGGGGGCAUGGGCAAAACCACCCUUGCCCAGCUCACCUACAAUGAUGAGAAAGUUAAGGGGCAUUUCGACAAGAGAAUGUGGGUGUGUGUUUCUGAAGAUUUCGAUGUGAAACGUAUUACGAAAUCAAUCAUAGAAUCUGCAGAUGAGUCUGGUUGUGAGGAUCUAGGCCUGGACCUGUUGCAAAGUCGUCUCAGCCAAAAGUUGCAAGCAAAGCGAUUCUUGCUUGUGCUUGAUGACAUUUGGAGUGAAGAUAGAGAGAAGUGGGACAAACUGAGACUUCCCUUUCAAGCUGGUGCAUUAGGGAGUCGAAUUGUCAUCACCACUCACAGUGAAAAGGUUGCAUGGGCGAUGCGAAGCGCUCACAUACACAAAUUGGUGGCCUUAUCCAAAGACGAAUGCUGCUUAUUGUUCAGCCGUGGAGCAUUCGAACAUCGGAAUGCUGAAGAGCAUUCAGAGUUGGAAGAGAUUGGAAGGGAAAUUGUAAACAAGUGUGGAGGGUUGCCUCUCGCAGCAAAGACAAUAGGGUGUGCCAUGUGGUGGAGAAGGACGAAAAGGGAGUGGGAGCUUGUGUUGGAAAGCAAGAUAUGGAACUCAGGUGAUAUCUUGGGAGGUAUUUUACCGGCUUUGUUACUAAGCUACCAUGAUUUACCUCCAGCUCUGAAGCAGUGCUUUGCGUAUUGCUCUAUUUACCCAAAAGAUUGGAGGAUAGAGAAGGAUAUGAUAGUCAAGCUAUGGGUGGCACAAGGUUUCAUCUGCUCCAAGGGAAGUCAAGACAUGGAGGAAAUUGGUGGGCAAUAUUUUGAUGAUUUACUAAGACGCUCGUUGCUCCAAGAUGCAGUACUCGAUGAUGAUGAUGACGACGAUGAUGAUCAGAAAUAGUCAGUUACAAGAUGCAUGAUUUAGUUCAUGAUCUUGCACAUUCUGUUGCAGGAAGUGAGUGUUCAGUGGUGCAGAUCGGAAAGCAAGCUUCGUUAAACUUUGACAAUGUCCGCCAUUCUUUAUUUGCCAGUGAUGAAGCUGUUGAUGAAGCUGAUGCAGUGGCUUUCAUGUCUGACACCUUGUACAAGGCCUCUAAGUUGCGAACGUUGCUACUUGACACAAGAAUCUCCAUGGUGCCACAAAUUUUAUUUAAUCAUUGGAGAUGCCUUAGGGCAUUGGACUUGAGUGGCACCGGCAUUGAGAAAUUGCCUCGAACAGUGGGACGGUUGAAACACUUGAGAUUUCUUGAUUUGUCUGGCACAGGCGUAGAAGAGUUGACAGAGGAGGUUUGUAAUUGCCUAAAUUUACGAACAUUGAGUCUCAAUUUGUGUGAGAAGCUAAAAAAGGGGCCUAGAGGGAUGAAGAAAAUGAUUAAC